UCGUGCACUCUCAUACACCCACACACCCACACACUCGUACUCUCUCUCUCUCUCUCUCUCUUUCUCUCUCUCUCUCUCUCUCUCUCUCUCACUCACUCUCUCUCACUCGACUGCAAUUACCCGGGAAACACCACUCUAUCCAUUCAUCUCUCCAUCUCUCACGGGUACCAAUCAUCCUCAGUUCUCUCUCCUCCGACAAGCACACAGGAAAAAAAAAAGCAAAGACAAAAACAAAGACAUCAAGACAAGGAACAAACAAUGGCUGACUCUUCCAACAACGUUAGCCCCUGCAAGGUCAGCUUCAAUGGCGCCCUUCGCCGCUUCCUCAUCACCCGUCCUGCCAACUGGACCGAUUUUGAGCACAAGCUCCGCACUGUCUACAAUCUUCCUUCGACAACAGCCAUCGACGUCCAGUACAAGGACGACGAGGGCGAUGUGAUUACCCUCAACACCUCUAGCGAGCUUGAGGAUGUGCUCGCCAUGCACACCCUCUUCACCCAGAUAGCCCCCGUCAAGUUUGAGGUCUUCGUCAGGGAUGGUCAGGACAUCUCCCUCCCCGCCACCGCCACUACCACUGCCACCAACACGCGUGCCAGCUCUGUCGCAGGAGACGACAAACAGAGGGACCGUUCUGCCACUGUCACUUCGGAACAAGGGGGCUCUCUCCUUCAGCGCCAUACCAACCAUCCACAGCAUAGCAGCCAUGCCCCGUCCGAGCACAGCAGCGACGAUGGCUCUUUGAUCGACUUUGAAGAGGCGAUGGAUACGAUCGACCAACACAUCGCCUAUCCUCGCGAGGAUCUCUCCGAGGCGACCCUUGGUCAGGACCAGGAAAUGGCUGAGCCCUAUAAGCUGACCCCUCCCGUCCUCUCGAGCUCUGUUGUGGGACACAUCGACACCACAACCAACGCCGUUCCCGACGAGGCUGGAGCGUCCCCUCGGCACUUUUCCGGCCCCUCGAGCCCCAUCUUGCCUGUGGCCGAAUUCGAGUCCUUGCGCAUGGAGAAUGCGCCCGUCAUGAACUCGAUCGUCGCCUCUGCUAUCGAGCAGCACGCUCAAGAGGUCGCUAACUCUAUCCAUUCACAAAGCGAAGGCGAGGACGAGGACGAUCCCGCUAAUCCCGCCGAUCCCGCCGAGCCCGAAAUCAAUUCCGCCUCUGAGGGAUCCUCGUCUUCGACAACAGACCGUGCUUUGAUCGAACACUUCCAGAUGGUGAUCCAGGAAUUCCAGCAUGUUAUCCAAAACAACCCGCAGUUGGUUAUUCUUGCCGGAAGUGUCAUGAACAAGAUCCUAACCAACGUCAAGGUCAACGUUGAGUCCUUUGGUACCUAUCUUCAGGAAGCUGCCCAAAAUGCGGCCGCUCAAGCCCAUGAAGCUUCAGCAGAUGCGAGCCGCAGCUGCCCUUUCGGCUCUGGUAACGAGACUCCGUUGUUCUUUGGAGGUCGCGGCGGUCGUGGAGGUCGUGGUGGUCGUGGCGAACAUCGUGGCGAACAUCGUGGCGAUCGUGACGAACACCGUGGCGAACACCGUGGCGAACACCGUGGCGAACACCGUGGCGAACACCGUGGCGAACACCGUGGCGAACGCGGCGGUUUUGGCAGAGGCGGUCGUCGCGGUGGCAACCCUUUCGGGCAUAGCCAUGAGGUUCCCUUCUCAGGCGAGCAUAUGGGCCCCUUCGGCAACCAUCACGGGGAUCCUUUCUCAGGCGAUCAUUUUGCCUUUUCCCCUCGUCACCAUCAUGGCCAUCAUCAUGGCCAUCAUCAUGCCCACCACCAUGGUGAGCACGGCGGCCGAGGCGGUCGUGGAGGUCGCGGCGCACAUCAUGGAUGGAGCCUUGGCAGUUUCUUCUCUCAGAUGGUCCCUCCUAUGCCACCCAUGCCACCUAUGCCCCCUAUGGCUCCUUUGGCUCCCAUGGCCCCCGCGCCGCCUUGUGUACCUGAUGAUCUUUAUGGAUUCUCCGAUGAUGCUUACAUGACAAUCCUCAACUCAAGACCCUCGCCAUUUUCGAAAGGAUUUCCGUUCAACAGCAGCACUCCGGGAUGCAAGGAUUAUACUUUUAGUUUCAAAGGCGGGCGUCCUAGACCAUGCGACACUGAGGCUGCGAAGGACUCUUCCCAUUCUGUUAAGAAUAAGGGAAAGGCGGCUGAUCCCUCAAGCGCCGUCGACCAGCAGGGCGAGGCAUCCUCGUCCUCUGCACCCAUGCCCGGUUCCUUUCCCCAGCAGCCGCAGAUGGCCGAAGUCGGAGAUGGCUGGAUCUGGACUCAGCUCCCUGAGGACGACACCAGGGCUGUAGGAUCUUCACCUAAUCGACCCAACUUUGGAUGGGUCUGGAAAGGAAACCAGGACGGUGGCGAGAACCCCGAGCCCACUCCUCUGUACACUGCUUCGGAUGAGGAGAUGGCCGAUGGAACUGCUGGACCUUCUGCUGCGUCUAGAUCUGGUGGACCUUCAGGUGGACGGGGUGAGUUCUUUGGAGGACCUGGAGGAUUUGGACCCUUCCGAGGACGCGCCGGUGGACGCGGUGGAGCGCAUCAUCUCUUCUACCCGCACCAUCAAGGAGGCAAUGGCGACGCACGCCAUCACCGACACGGCCACCACGACCAUCAUCACCGUCGUCGACACUCUGGUUCCAAGUCCGGAGGAGAGGAACGGAACAAGUCCGACAAUGAGACGCUUGGUGAGGAGAAGUUGAAGCGCCGGCAGACGUUUCACGAACAGCGCCAUGCAAUGCUGCAGACACGGAAGGAGAUGCUUGAGAACAAACGUCAGGCCAUUACACAACAGCGCGAGGCGAUGAUGGAGCAGCGCCAGGCAGAGGAGGAACAGAAGAGAGCCCAGGAAGAACAGAAGAGGACGCAGAACGAGCAACGGAGAACUCAGGAAGAGCAGAGGAGAGUUCAGGAACAGCAGCGUCGGGAAGCGAGACUAGAGGAGUUGGUGGACCGGACUCGACAUGCUUCCGCGGAACCGGCAUCAUCUUUGAGGAGUGGACCCGUUGGAGGCGGAAGCCUUGCAGGUAUCUGGCCCUCCGGUCCUGUAGCGACGACUACGGAAUUGAGCCCAGCGGCGGAUCCGAAUGAGUUCCAGGAGCAGAUCCAGACAUUAGUGAGAAUGGGGUUCACGGACAAUGAGGAGCUGAGAACGGUUGUGCGCGAUUUUGGAGGAGAGGUUGAGGCAGUUGUUGGAUUCCUGGUUUCCUCUGGUCAGCAGUGAAGGAACCAACGAAUAUGUCAUGGUGAUAUGAUAUGAGCCAUUUGCAGUUUUUAUCCAUGGAAAUGUAAAAAAAAAAAAACUUUUUAGUUCAAUAAAUAAAAAAUAAAAAAGUGUUUUCAGUGAAAA